GCUAGCGCUUCCUUUCAUGUCUGAGAGGAUGAUUUCCCAGUUACAGAUGGUGAUAGCAACUCUAUCUGUCUCUUUGCUGGUGUCUAGCGUCAGUUCUGCACCAACAGGACACAUGCUGCUCCAGCUAAUCCACUCAGAAGUAGACCCCAUGGAAAAUGAGCUUCAGGACCUCUCUCGUUUACUCUUGCUGAAGCAGCUCACCGAGUCAGUGGCACCCGAAGAGACGGAUGCUCUUGCAAGUAUUGAUGAUAUUGAUGUUCACAAUGAAGUGGUUCGCCAGAUUCCCCUGUCUCAGCGAGAAAGAAAAGCAGGGUGCCGGAAUUUCUUCUGGAAGACUUUCACCUCUUGUUAGUUACCUUGUUGAUUCUACUCGUCUUUCUUAAAAUCUCCAGACUAAACCCCUUUCAACAUAAUUCUUGUGAAGGUGUUGUAUAAUAGUUGUUGUAUUCCUAUCAUGGACUGACCGAUUUGUGCUCUUGCAUUUCUUCUCUUUAUCUCUUAUACAGUCUUCAUUAACUAUGAAUGCUCAUAUUAAAGAGACUUUUAAACAAAGUAAACAUUAGAAAGAGUGAACCAAUCACCAGCACAAGCAAGUAGAG